ACAAACGAAAGUGGAUAACUGGGUCUGUGGAAAAGUUGUGUUUUCUGCCAAUUACGCCGAGAUGGAAAGCAUUCAAGAUGACAACGGACACAUAAGGUAACCCUGUUUAUUGAAGUUGAUAGUAUUUCAUAAAUACCUUUUCAAAAAAUGACAAACGAGACCACUCUUGCUGGGGUCGAACUGGGGCAAAUCGCCGAUGUCGAGAAGGCGAUCCGGGAAGCUGUCACCAGCGAGCAGACCGUAUUGAACCUCAGCCACCGGGGUCUGUCACUCCUGCCGGCGAGCACCCAGCGGUUGACCCACGUCCGGAGACUCCUGCUCAACAACAACAGCAUUAUUAUGCCUCCCUCUGAACUCGUGGCACUCACCAACUUAGAAGAGUUGAUUCUCGACGAGAACAAGUUGACGCUCCUGCCGUCCGGGUUCGGUUCGUCACUGACAAAUCUCACCUAUCUCAGCCUGAGUCACAACCACCUUGGCUGUCUGCCCGAUGAAAUCGGCGACCUACACAAUCUAGAACAGCUCUGGGUAGUCGGCACACAACUCGUGACCCUCCCACCCACCAUAGGACUCUUGAACUCCCUCCAGAAACUUGGUGCUAGAGACAAUUUCAUUUCCGAGUUACCCGUUGAGAUGUGCCAGUUGAGGCGGUUACGAUGGCUGAGCCUAUCGAAAAACAGACUCACCGAUCUACCAAACAAGUUUGGCAGACUCGUCGAGCUUACUUUCUUCGACUUGAGCGAGAAUAGUUUCACAAGUAUCUGCGAGUGUGUAACUGAGUUACCAAAACUCACGUCACUGAUUUUACAACGGAAUCAGAUUACCGAACUGUCGGAUGAUCGGCUCGUUGGUUUGUCGAAUCUUACCAAACUGGAUAUGAGGGUGAAUCCACUGACACAAAGGCCAGACCAUUGGAAGGGUUUAGAUUACAUACUUUUGGGACCUGUACCAAAUGCAACGAUAAAUGAAACCGGAGAAGACAAUAGCAGUUUGGAUGAAGAUGAUGAUGAUGAUGAAGAUGAGGAAGAGGAUGACAGUGUGGAGGAGGAGGAAACAAGAUAGGCCAUUUUAUUUUAAAAGGCUAAAUCAGUCACCGUGUGGUCAAGUGGUUCGACUGCAGGACUUGCAAUUACAAGGUUGUGGGUUCGAAUUCC